AUGACGGAACCUCACUGGAAAUCUAUCGCGCAUCAAAAACGCCUCACCCAACUGCAAUCUAUCCCGUCUCCCUGGCGACUUUCCUCUUCCAGCAUCUCAAGUACCAGCCCUAAAAGCCCCAUAGAAAUAAUCCAAACUUGUGGCAUUCUCUCUCCGCAAGAACUUCGAUGGACAGAAGUGAACGAUAUAACAGAGCUUGUCUGCCUUCUUGCCUCGCGCUCGGUGACCUCUGUGCAGCUGACUACGGCAUUCUGUAAACGUGCCGCUGUCGCGCAGCAAUUGACGGGCUGUCUAACAGAGAUAUUCUUCGAUCGGGCGCUCCAGAGGGCAAAGUUUUUAGAUGAGGAAUUUGAAAGGACGGGGAAAGUGACGGGGCCAUUGCAUGGAGUGCCGGUCUCUAUCAAGGACCGGUUUGAUGUUGAGGGUUUUGAUACUACUAUUGGUUGGGUAGGACUGGCGAAUAAACCUGCUGCAAAGUCGGACUCUGUUGUCCAGCUCCUGGAGUCUAUGGGAGCUGUCCUAUAUGUCAAGACUAAUGUUCCUCAAUCAUUGAUGAUGUCUGAUUCCUACAACCACGUCUUUGGCCAAUCCGUCAAUGCCUUCAAUACCAAGCUAAUCUCAGGUGGUAGCUCCGGAGGCGAAGGCGCGCUUGUCGGCGCAGGAGGAAGUGUCCUCGGAAUAGGGACGGACAUUGGAGGUUCGAUCCGCGUGCCAUCGAACCUCCAGGGGCUGUAUUCGCUCUGUCCGACGACGGGGCGCAUCCCGUGGAAUUGUUCUUUCAUGCACCAACACUAUCUCGUCCCACCCGUCGCAGGCCCCAUGGCUAGAAGCGUCUCGACUAUCGAAUACUUUAUGCAGAGUCUCCUAGACUCCAACCCAUGGAAUCUCGAUCCUGGAUGUAUUCCCAUUCCGUGGCGGAGAGAAACAGCAGCGUUUCCGGAUCCGACGAGAAAGCUGAAACUAGGUAUUGUCUAUGAUGACGGCGUCGUACGGCCACAGCCUCCUGUGAUGCGGCUCAUGCGGGAGCUUGCAAGGGAGUUGACGAAUGCCGGUCAUGAAGUAGUUGAAUGGGACACGUCUCUUCAUAGAACCGGCACAACCCUCUGGACUAGGUCCAUCCUCGCCGAUGGCGGAUACCACUGCCGGCAGCUUUGCUCGCUCGUCGAUGAGCCCCUAAUUCAGGGUAUGGUCGUUGGCACAUCAGCAGACGAGCUCUCGAGUGUGGAGAAGGAAAAACUCGAAGAAGAAAAAUACGCCUUUCAAGAAUCCUACCUAGCUCAAUGGGUCGCCAGUGGCAUUGACGCCCUCCUCCUUCCCGUUACACCCUGGUUGGGGUAUAAACCGAAGCAGUGGGUGCAGAGCAACCAGUGGCUCGGCUAUACGGCGCUGUUCAACCUACUCAAUUAUGCAGCUGUCACUGCUCCCAUCGGGAAAGCGGAUGGGGAGCUUGAUCAUCCAGUUGCUGGAAUUGAUAAUGAGUGGAAGGGCUAUGCGCCGAGGAAUAAAGCGGAUCGCUUUAAUUAUGAUCAGUAUGAUAUCGAUCUGGUCAAGGGGAUGCCAGUGACUGUCCAGAUUGUAGGGGGAAGGUAUGGGGAGGAGAAGGCGGUUGCAGUUGCGAAGGUUGUGGAUACGCUUUUUGGGCGUUAG